AUGGCUUCUGAUCAGCCGUACGCCGGCCCAAAGGCGCUCGGCUUCUCCAAGUAUGCUCCACAGCCCAUGAAGUUUACAUUUACGAACCAGUUCUCAAGUUCCUCGACUACCUCUGUUGUUCCCACUGCCAAGAAUGCCAUUGCCACAAAAGAACAGAUCGCAGCUUCAAAGACCAACUCUCAGGUUGCCGGCAACACCACUCAGCACAACCCUGAUGUAGAGCUUGCCAUUGCUCAGGGUACUGUUUUGAAGAAAGAAGUCGAACAGCAUGUUGCGGACCUCUCCAGGACUGUCUCGGACAAAGUCGUCAACACGCGCCGCCUGCUUGAGCUGGUUCGUGAAAAGUGCCCAGAGGCGACCAACGCCACUAUCGAUGCUCUCUGGGUCGAGUUGGAGGGCCUCUUUGCUGCAGCAAACGAUGCAAAGGUUGCGCUGCCUGAGUUCCUGCAUAAACAGCGCGACAGCUUGGGUCUGCAUCACACUGCCUUGUUGAACGAGACCAUCCGAGAAACAGAGGGCGAGCUGAACAUCGUGCGAAAGAAAGCCGACAUUCAAAAUAGCUUGAUCUUGCAGGGGCAUGAAGCGUUCCGGCUCCACAAGACUCAGACCGAGAGCAAAUUGAAAGAUUUAGAGACACUCGAGGAGCGCGUCUCGCGUCUCGAUCUCGAGAAGGGCGAACUUCUCACAGAGAUUGACAGCGGCUCGCAGCAGCUGAAGCAAGAGCGUACACAGCUGUCUGAGACCAAGUCCAAGCUCCAGAGCCUUGAGAAGGAGCUUGAGAAGCUUGUGGACUCCAAGAAGCAGUCUGAAGCUGAAGUCGCUGCUCUACGCAAAGAGGUGGCCAUGUAUACUAAGGACGAUGCUGCAGUCCAGGGGACCACCGAUGGCUUCAUCGCGAAGCUCAAGUCAGCCGCUGACUUGCUUGCGAAAGAGACCGACAAGACCAAGGCCCUUGAUGCCAUGAUAGUCGAGCUGAAAGAAGCUGAGGACAUCGCCCGUCUCGACGCCGACAAGGCAAAGAAGGAGCACGCGGCGCUGAACACCAAGUACAGCAACCAGACGGCCGAGCAUUCCAAGUUAUUCAUGAAGCUCGAUGAGCAAACCAAGCAAUUUAACACCUUGACGAUCGAAGUCGGCCGCCUCCAGAAACACAACUCUGAGCUUAAGCAGCGUCUGACCAAGCUUGUCGAUCUCGAGAAGGAAGUCAUUGAGCUCAGACAAGCGAAGGCUAGUUUGUCAAAGCAGAUCGAUACCCUCACGUCGGAAAAUGAGGCUAUGACGGCUGAUGGACGUAAGGCUCAGACCACACUUGAGAAUGCUCUCAACGAAAAGAAGGAUCUUGAGAAGACUGUCCAGACUCUGAAGUCGGAGCAUGCCAAGGUCACUAGCAAGUUGAAGGGCAACGCAGAAACUAUUCAAGCCCUUAAUUUUGAGAAAGCCGAACUGGAGACUGCGAUCAAUCAGCUCAAGGCUUCCAUGAGCAUGUCUCCCGGCGGUGGCGGUUCCCCAAACCCCAACCUGGAGGAUGAGAUGCUUGCUCAGGUGCAGAAGAUUCGCGAUCUCGAGCACGCUGUAGAUGAGUGGACUGAACUCGCCAAGCGCUCUUACAAAGAGUACCGAGACCUGCUUCCGCUUUCCAAGCAAGCCGAGCAGUACCGCCAGGCAGCUCUCGACAAGGACGACGUCGUCAAGAACCUGGAACUCCAGCUCGCCACGGUCAAGGCUAAGGCUUCACAGUCAACUGGCGCGGGACCUACUGGCGGUGACGCGCGCUACUGGAAGUCCAAGUACGAGACUCUCCUGGCCAACGUUGGCGCCUAAACUCGUGAUGGGCCUCAAGGCUACAUUGCAUGGGUGAUGGAAAGCAGGAACAUACGGAAUGAGAUAUAGGUGGCUGGGUGUUUGAACAUGACCGCCUUAUGGGUACAUGAUUGGCACAUAAUAGCUGCUUUACGAAUUACACGCUUCAUAGC